UGAAGAUGUGAUGGUUUAAAUGAAAUGAAGUGAUACUUUUGUUCUUUUGUCAUAUAAAAGUACAAGAAAACCUUAAAAUAUGAAGACGAGGUUCAGCGCUAUAGACAUUAAGGCCAUUGUCAAGGAACUACAAAGAUUCCUUGGAAUGCGAGUUGCCAAUGUGUAUGACAUUGAUAGUAAAACUUACAUGGUCAGGCUGGCAAAGCCUGAUCAGAAGGCUGUGGUGCUGAUUGAGUCUGGCAUUAGACUUCACAGCACUGAGUUUGACUGGCCAAAGAACCCAGCUCCCUCGGCUUUUUCUAUGAAGCUGAGAAAGCAUCUGCGUGGGCGUAGGCUGGAGUUAAUUCAGCAGCUGGGCGUGGAUCGGAUUGUGGACCUUCAGUUUGGCUCUGGUGAAGCGGCCUAUCAUCUGAUAGUAGAGCUCUAUGACAGGGGUAACCUGGUGUUGACAGACUCGGAGUAUACAAUACUGAAUAUACUCCGUGCCAGGACAGAUGACAGUAAGGAUGUCAAGUUUGCAGUUCGAGAGACAUACCCCAUCCACACCACAAAACAGUUUGAGUCACUUACAGAGGAGAGACUGAGACAGAUUUUAUUAUCUGCUAAGGAUGGAGAUCCCCUCAAGAAGGUGCUCAUGCCACAGUUAGAAUUUGGUCCUGCUCUGCUGGACCAUUGUUUACGGGAAGGCGGUUUUGUCGAUUUAGUGAAAAUGGGAAAAUCGUUCGACAUAGAAACAGACUUUGAGAAGUUGUUUACAUGUCUGUCACAAGGAGAAACUCUACUCAACAACAUUUCACAACCUUCCUCAUCAUCAAAAGGUUAUAUUAUCCAGAAAUGUGAAAAAAGGCCAAAUGUGGCUGAGGGGGAAUCAGGAGAAUUAUUAACGUAUGACGAAUUUCAUCCAUACCUGUAUAAGCAACAUGCAGAAAAACACUACAAGGAAUUUGAAAGUUUUGAUAAGGCAGUGGAUGAAUACUUCUCAAAACUGGAAGGCCAGAGACUGGAUAUGAAAGCCCUUCAGCAGGAAAAAUCUGCUCUGAAAAAGCUGGAAAAUGUUCGUAAAGAUCACGAAAAGAGAUUGGAUCAGUUACAAAAAGAACAGGAAGUUGAUUUCUUGAAAGGCCAGUUGGUUGAGAUGAAUUUAGAAAUGGUAGACCGUGCAAUUCUGAUUGUGCGGAGUGCACUGGCCAAUCAGAUUGACUGGACAGAGAUCCACGAGUUAGUGAAGGAGGCACAGUUACAGGGCGACCCUGUGGCCGGGGCUAUCAAAUCCCUCAAGCUGGACACCAAUCACAUGACCAUGCUUCUCAGCGAUCCAUACACAGGUAGUGACAUGGAAGAUGAAGACACAGUUCGACCAAUGAGAGUGGAUAUUGACCUUAGUCUGAGUGCAUAUGCUAAUUCUAGAAAAUAUUUUGAUAAAAAGAAACAAGCUGCCAAAAAGGAGCAGAAAACAGUUGAUGCCUCAACUAAGGCCUUUAAAUCAGCUGAGAAGAAAACAAAACAGACGUUGAAAGACAUGGCCACUGCUGUGUCUAUCAACAAGACAAGGAAGACCUAUUGGUUUGAGAAGUUUUUGUGGUUUAUCAGCUCGGAAAAUUUCCUUGUAAUUGGUGGGCGUGAUCAGCAACAAAAUGAGCUAAUCGUCAAGCGAUACCUCAGAUCAGGAGAUGUGUAUGUUCACGCAGACCUCCAUGGAGCCAGUUCUGUUAUUGUCAAAAAUAACACAGGUGACCCUAUUCCCCCUAAGACACUUAAUGAAGCUGGCACAAUGGCUAUUUGUAACAGCGCAGCCUGGGAUGCCAAGGUUGUGACCAGUGCCUGGUGGGUCUAUCCUGACCAGGUGUCCAAGACUGCCCCCACAGGGGAGUACCUGACCACGGGUAGCUUCAUGAUCAGAGGCAAGAAGAAUUACCUUCCACCGUCCUAUCUUGUAUAUGGUUUUGGUUUCCUGUUUAAGCUUGAUGAAGGUAGUGUUUUCCGUCAUUUGGGAGAACGAAAAGUGAAAACAGUUGAAGAAGAUGCCAUGUCGGUUGCUGACUCCUUACAAAGCGAGGUUACCGUAGAAACUAACAGUGGGCAUGAAAGUGAGGCUGAGGAGGAUUCUGGGGAAAGUGAGACUGAGGGAGACAACCUUGCUGCAGCUGCUGAUGAACUGUCAGGGGAAGUGAAGAGUGAAGAUGAAAGUGAUGGUGAAAACCUUUUCCCAGACACAAACAUCAGUUUACAACAUGUAGAAGGGGACAAGUUUUCUCUCCAGCCGCGACUCAGCAGUUCCCUAUCCGUCACUGAAGAGGAGAAGGUGGAAGGAACAGAGGAUACAGAGACAGACGGACAGCCUGGAGAACAGCCUAAAAAACAAGGGGCAAAACUCUCAGCAAAACAAAGGCGGCAGCUGAAAAAAGCUAAGAAAUCAAGAGGUCAUGUAAAUGACAAGGGUGACGAAGAUGAAGAUGCAGUGUCAUGGCUGAAAACACAGUCGGAAGAUCAAGAACAGGCCACUGAAGUUUCAACCACAGAGGAGAGUCCGCAACCAGAAGCACCUAAACCACAGCAAGCACCAAUCAAGAGGGGACAAAAGAGUAAGUUGAAAAAGAUGAAGGAGAAGUAUGCAGAUCAAGAUGAAGAGGAGAGACAGUUACGCAUGGAGAUUUUGGCUUCUGGUGGAGCGCAGAAAGAGGACAAGAGAAAGAAAAAGAAAGGCAAGAAUAAAGCACCUCCUGAAAAGGUCAAAGUUCAAAAUGUGCAACAACAACAGAAGGUCAAACAGCACUUGUUGUUGCAACAGCAGGCUGAACUUGCCAGACAACAACAGGCUUCAUUGUCAGGUGUUACAGAGGAGUUCGCCAGAGACCAAAACACACUAGAAACUCUAUCUUCUGUAAAGCCGAGUCAGAUUGUCAAACACGAAGAGGAUUCUGAGUCAGAGGAUGAGCAGACUGGGAAGGAAGAAGACAAAUCCCAGGCAGAUGACACUCACAUCCUGAACCUCUUGACUGGAAUACCUGUCCCAGAGGAUGAGAUUCUCUUUGCUAUACCAGUGUGUGCCCCUUACCAGGCGAUAAACUCUUACAAGUACAAAGUCAAGCUGCUGCCUGGAUCAACAAAGAAGGGCAAAGCUACCAAAACUGCCAUGAAUAUGUUUAUGCAUGAGAAAGGGGCAACUGCGAGAGAAAAAGAUGUCCUGCGUAUUAUGAAGGAUGUGGACAUGUCGAGGAAUAUCCCCGGGAAGGUGAAAGUUUCUGCUCCAAAUCUCCACAAACAGCGUAAAUAACACUUUAAAGUUGUCCUGUUUAUAUUUUGUACAAACAUUGUAUAUACUUGACUGAAAUUGUAUACAUAUUGUUAGCAUUAUGUGAUUACAAACUGAUGUUAAAUGUUUCAUUGAUAUUUAUCAGUUCAUCCAGUGAUCUUGGUAGUGGGAUGUGGAUGUGAUUGGUGCAAUGCUAACCUGUGAGACAGGAUCAGCUGUGUAAUUCUAUCGUAUAAGCAACCUACACAUGGUUGUGGGUCCCCUUGGGCUCUUCCCCUUAUCCCCCCCCUCCCCCACCUCCCUUCAUACUAACUAGUUCCCCCCCCCCCCGCCCAAUCUCCUCUCAUACUAACUAGUUUAUAUAACAAUUAAACGAUACAAACCUUCCAUAUCUCCUACUUUCUGGGAGAUUUUCUGGAAGAAUCAUAACAAGGUUUUGUGUCAGAACUAGUCACUUGUGCUUCUAAAAAUCAAUCAGGCUCCGCAAGCAGAUGGUCGUUGACCAAUAAGGUUCACAGGUCAAUUCAAGUAUUUGUUAGUUGGACUGCAGAUUUGCAUUCAGAGAUUUCUGCUGAUUAUACUUGUCGAAGUGUGCAGGUUUUAACUAGGACACGUGACCUGUGAAAGUGUAUAAUGUCAAAUAAAGUAUCUUUGAAAUAUGUCUCUUCCAAGGGUGUUCUUCUAAUAGACUGCUUAUAGACUUAAUGUAGCUAAUGUCGACCUUGUACAAGCUUAUGUUCAGAAUACAUGUGGCUGUACAGUGUUAAUGUGAAGGCAUACGUGAGUAUUGCAUUCACAUCUGGAAUUAUAUAAGACAGUAAUUACCUUGUUUUGUACUAAAUAAAUUAUAAUGUAUGUUCAUCAUUUGA